GUGCAGCAGCUUCGGGAGUAUCGUCCGCUAUGGCUGAGACCCACAGCUUACAGGACCUCCAGCAGCCUGCCGUCUCCUCCAAGGUCUUCAUCCAGAGAGACUACAGCUCAGGAACCAUAUGCAAGUUUCAGACCAAGUUCCCCACGGAGCUGGAGUCCAGGCUUGAUAAGCAGCAGUUCGAGGAGACCAUCCAGACUCUGAACAACCUGUAUGCCGAGGCCGAGAAGCUCGGAGGCAAGUCAUACCUGGAGGGCUGCAUGGCGUGUCUGACUGCCUACACCAUCUUCCUCUGCAUGGAGACUCACUACGAGAAGGUGUUAAAAAAGAUCGCAAGAUACAUCAAGGACCAGAAUGAGAAGAUAUACGCUCCCAGGGGCCUGCUGCUGACCGACCCCAUAGAGAGAGGCCUCAGAGUCGUUGAAGUCACCAUCUUUGAAGACAGAAGUAUUGGCUCUGGAAGAUAAAAGUUGUCAUCACCAAAAAGCUGAUGGACUCUGACCAGACACCCUUCAUCUGUGUUAAUCUGCUUCCUGAAUGAUGUACAUACGUUCACUCUGAUUCUUGUCUUUUGUUAUUUAAGUACUCUCCUGUCUGCCUGUCCUGAUCCCUUUUGUACAUGUGUUUUUAUACAUGAUGAGACAAUGUGGAGUUGAUGACCUUGUUGGUAAAGACCAGUCUUAAUGAUCAGUGCCAUUGUGUUGAAUGCCACUUUUUUUCAUCGUGGUAAUUCAGAGUGAUUCGACUUGUUUUGAAAUUGACUAGAUGUCACGUAAUGUGUAAAUGCCAAGAUUUGAAAUAGGAACAGGUUUUAGUCCGAGCCUUGUGGCGCAGUCAGUAAACGGUGUGGUUGUGGGUAGUAGUCCACUGUAUUAACAUGAUGGUUAUGUCGUUUGCCGGGGCAGAUGUGUUCUUAUCUGUGUAUGAAUAGUAUCUCGUUGAAGGAUCAUUUCUUGUCACGCAAACAUUAAGUUCAGGACUGCAGCAUGUUCACUGUCAGUAAGCAUGUUGGAACUGAAUCUCUUCUCUCAAACUGUGUUCUACAGACUUCUACCACAUGUUUCCAGAAAGUUCACUUCCUGUGUUGCAGAUGUCGUCACAUUCUUCAUGUUAACCAAAAUUCCUGAAAUUGUAAACACUCCACAAAAAAGUUGCCGUGGAUUGUGUCCGAUACAACUGGUCGACUUUUCUUACUAUUGUUAUGUUUUAUCUAAAUAAAUGAUUGUUUCCUGAAA